AUGGUUGAAGACGACAGCCUCGCCGCCCUCCAGGGCCUGCACCGCGACCUAUGCGCCCACAUCGACCUACAGUUGCCAGUAUUAGAGCGGCUGCUACAGAAUCUAGAGGUGCACCUGGACGAGUUGAAGACGCUUUUGGAUAAGAAGCCGAAGAAUGAUUCUAGCAGACAAGCGCUGAGUUCUGGCAAGAUCAGGAUUGACGACAACGAAUACGAGGUCAACGACGACUUCAGGCAGCAGACGCUCGAACUUGCUGAUGCCCUGGAUCUCGAUGAAAUAGACGCCGCCGCCCUUUUCCUGGGCGCCCAAAGCGAAGCCAAGGAGCUCGACCGGUCCCAGCUGCAGACGGCUGUGAUCCGCUUCCACCGACGCCGCGAAUAUGUCCUACUCUGUGUGCGCAUCCUGAUGAAGACUGCCCUGGACAGCGACGAUGCUGAGGUGGAGGGACUCCCGAUCCUUCAGGAGGCUACCCAGAUGAUAGUCGGUGUACAUGGCACAACCAACUUAGCGGGCGCAUAUGGCUUUUGGACCAAGUGUCUGACCAGCAUGGAGUCGGUGGAGAGAUGGCUGCAGUUCAUUGCUGAGCGUGUUCAGAGCACCCAGGUGGUUGGUCAGGUGCCUCUUCCGGGCUUUGUGGAGAUUAUGGAGUUUCAGCGCCAGAGCUUGACCCGACAGCAUGAGAACCUCGCGGCGAUAUGCACACAUAUGGUCAAGCCUGGCUAUGUCAAUCUCAACAACUACAAGGCGUUGCUAGCUCGAGCCAAGACUCUCGACCGACACGACCUCAUUACGAUCCACUAUGUUCCGAUUCUGCUUCGACUCACGUCCUGGGUCGCCUCGGAGACCAACAACGUCACUUUGAGGGAAGCCCGCGCUUUGUACAACUCGCUGAUGGCUGAAUGGGAAAGCGAAAACUGGGGAUUGAGGAACCUACAGUCUGCGACUUUGGCUUGGUGGUUGGCCGAGUACAGUGGGCGCUAUAUGGAUCCAAAUACCCAGGACCCUGCUUUGCAAAACAUCAAUUUCGAAGACGAAGCCAACAUCCGGUCCGAUAAGUUUUUGAAAACACUCAACGAAGGCGCCUUUCACUUCAUUCUAUCCGUCAGCCAGGAUGUGCGCCCGACGCGCUGGUACGAUCCGCAAAAGACCAGCAUGCUUUCGACGCUGUUACAAGACACUGCCGUCCUAAGCCGCGACUCAAGCCAACCUGACGACUUCUUCAAGCUGCUUCUUAUGGAGCAGCUGCAGACUUUCGUAGAUUCUUUCAUUACAAACAUGCCGGAUACCCUGCGUAAACUAAAGGCCGAGGAGGACGACCAGCGACGACGACUCCAAUUCCAAUUCCAACGGUCGACCGGAGAGUAUCCGCUCCAUCUGGAGCGUUUCAUGGUCAUCGUGGCAUACGCUUUCGACGGUUUCCCGGACGCGGCCGAAGACUUUUGGAGCGACAAGGAGAGCAAUCUGUACGGUUUCCUGCAGUGGGCUGCCAAACGUCAACCCACUCCCCGGAUAGCCAUGUUCUGCGAGAUGUUACGGGCCAUUGGCACCGGAGAGACGAACGCGGAGGCUGCGCACCGCUUCCUGCUCGAAGAAGGAGCAUCCGCAUCUGGAAAGAUCCGUCGGACGUGCUCUCUAAGUUACACAACCAUCUUUAACGAGCUUUGCGAGUUUGAAAAAGACAUCCAUGAGCCGAAGAAGACGAUUCAAGGUGGUGUCUAUGCACCGCCGACCAACCCGAUAGAUCAGAUCGUAGAGCCAGAGAGUGCAACCAUGCUAGAAAGCUACUUGCGACUUCUUGCACACAUCUGCCGACAAAGUGUCCUCGCACGCAGGUAUCUACUUGAGACGGCGGAAUAUGGUUUCGCAAACAUCUGCUUCGGCUUAUGUACGGACAAGGUUGAAAGUGGACUGCGCGCAGCUGCUUAUGACGCGCUAUCAGCCAUGAUGGUCGGUAAAGACAGUGACCGAAGUAAUGCCAUGUGGCUUAUUCUAGACGAUUGGACCAUCAAUGGCUUCUACACUGGAGCCAAGCAAAACAAUGCCUUAAGCACUGCGCCGAGGGACGAUUUCUGGCCCACGCUCGCAGAUGGCUAUGACGAAUCCAUCGCCUUCGUCCGCUUCCUCCACUCGCUUGUGGAGCCUUACCCUGAGAACGAAGGGCUCAACGACAGUUUACCGUUCCCCGAAACUCUUGGCUCGUCGCGUAGGAUGCCGGGUGCCGAGGGCUACAUUGAUUUUGUUAUGCAGCAAGUAUUCGCUGAACGGUCUAUGGAUGUGCUCGACCCGCUGCAACGCAACGUCAUGCGCUGGACCUGCUUGCGUUUCAUAGUAACGUGCCUGUCGACCUUCAACGAGAAUCUUGUUGUCUUCGCCAACAAGUCUAGCAUACCGGUUGACGAAAUCAUCGAUGCCCCGUCUCUCGUCGUUUAUGUCGCGCUUCACCCAUUCGCACGCGUCAUGGAAUGGCUCUUUAAUGACAAAGUUCUGAGAGCUUUGUUUGCUGCCGCACAUCACGAUGUGGCCGAGGUUGACGCUGCUCCAUCGGACUCCCCCUUGAUACAAUCAUUGAUGCUGAGCAUUGAAGUGAUGGACUUGGUAAUGAAGCUACAGGCGACAUACCUGGAAAUCGUCAGGUCUGUACUCAAGCAUCAAACUUCGUUCCAACAUUCUCCAGUGUCCAACCUGUCACUCGCCUCCUUCGAAGAUGCGAUCCUGAACAACCUCCAUAUUAUCGUCGACCUUGGGCUGUACUGUGGUACCGGGCAUGAGGCUCUAACCAUUGCGUCACUACAGCUACUAGAGAAGAUGGCCUCGUCACGAAAGCUCGCCGUAUCACCAGCUAGUUUUGGACAGCGAUCAGGGCGAAGCAAAAUUGUUGGUAUACUGGAGAAGGACAAUGAAGCAGAGCGUAUCGGCCGAUCGCUCUCGGCAUUGAUGCGUUUUAAUGCCGAAGAGCUGGAAGCUGGCGAGGAAGCUUCUGGAUAUAUUGUCAAACUCCGCAUUUUGGACUUCUUGAGUAGUUGUCUCACCGCCGUCUCGCAACGCCCAACGAUAGCGCACAUUCUCUUGGGCUUUUCUUGUGGAUCUAAUACUGUUCACAUUGCUGAUGACAGUCUUUGGUCUAACGGACAAUCUUUGUUCCAUAACAUACUCCUCCUUGGUGUGGAGUACCCUGACAACGACGGCGAACAAUUCCUAGCAUGGCGAUCAGCACUCAAGACCAGAUGUUGGGAUGUGCUCCAGAAGCUGUGGCGCUCACCAUUAACAAGUGCGAUUGUCAUGGAGGAGCUCCGCGCCAACGAAUUACUGUUCGUUGAAGCACCCCAACUGACACCGAUUACCCAUGACAUACCAUGGGAAGGAAUGUCUUUGGCACAAGGACUGGAUGUCGCUCCUAGCCAAUACUCUGCAUUUUUCUCUGGCCCUCCAGCGCUGGCUCUUCAAAACUUCCUCCAACGCCGCGCUGCUUUCCUAGACUAUGAGUCAAGAGAGUUACGUCUAGCUGUGAAAGAGAACAUGCCCACGAUGAAGUCUAGGAUCCAAUCAGUACUUCUCGGCACCACUAUACGGCCUGGUGAGAACGCAACACCAAACCCAAACAUAUUUGACUUGUUCGACUUUAUCGAGCUAGUCUACCCAGAACGCGCGCUGCCAGAUCAACACACGUUUUUUGACGGCGUCGAUCUUACAUCAUGUAAGGAGGACAAGGACGGCAUGUCGCUCUACUCUUUACCACUGCUGGAACAGCUGAUCCGUUUGAAAAUCAAGUCCAUGACGAACGGGGAAAACACAAAUGAUAAACUCGAUCACCUCGCUGUUCUCGCUGAACAGGCAGAUCUCUUGAUGGCCAUUUUCGUGGACUGGAAUCGUCGCAUUCAGCUUCAAUACUAUCACAAGGACGUCCUUCAAUCAUGGGCACAGGUCGUCAUGGUGGCGGUACACAAUUGCGAUUUCGAGAAAGGAGCGCGGAGUUCCUUCAUCCUGCAGACCUUGCAAGUCAUCCUCCCGAAGCUCGAGCAGUCCUAUGCAUCUGAUAUUUUCACUGCUUUACAGCUCGCUGGUCUUGCUGAAUCUCUUGUUCAAAAGGUGGACUUUGAAUCUACGGCGUUUGACAAGACUGGAGAUUUUGCCAACGAUCGGCUAUCUCAGCUGUUUCGUGCUGCGCUCGUGGGAAUUCACAGCCCAGUCUCUACUGCCGAACUCCGGGAGUACUGCUACCAAAUCUGCUUCCGCUACAUCAACGGUACCUUCCACAAAGCCACACCUAACUCUUUGCUUAGUCGACAUACGCUUGGCGCUAUCAGGAACUGCGGUAGCCACAUGCUUGAAGUCAUCUGUGAUGAUGCUUACAGCGGGCAGGGAACAUGCAAAGUUUCCGCGCUGCUCUUGCUGAAUGCAUUUGUAGCAGUGGCGACGCGCCAAUCGUCCAAAUACAUCCUUGAGAACUUUGUCUCUCUCAACUUUGUUGGCGUUCUCGUCGACAAUAUCAAACACAUUCCUGAAGAGCUCCGUGCUGCCGCCGCUCCACAAGUCCCUGUUCUCUUCUCGUACUACGAUGCCAGCCUCGCACUACUCCUGCGCACAUGUCAGACUCGCCUCGGUGCCGCAUAUGUGCUCAACGCAGGUCUCUUCCCAGCUAUCCGCGAUUCGCAAAUUUUCGCAGUGGACCCCGAUAUUGGUUUAGGGUUUGACGAUGCAAAUGCACUAAGAAAGUAUUACGGGUUGAUGCUCUCUGUCCUACGAGUCAUCAACGGAGCCGUCAUCGCGAGAGGUCGACAUAAUGACCAGACGGUCUUCCAGGCGCGUGAAUUCUUGAAGGACAAUAGACACAGUAUGGUGAGCAUCUUCAAGAGAAGUGUCAAUGUUGGUGUUGGUAUGGGCGAGGAGAUACAACAAGAUAUUGUUGAUCUGGUUGAUUGCUGGACGGUAUUGGUGGACAUUACUGGGUUCUUAGAGUGCGACCAGAAACUUCCUGCCUGUGGGCAACGUGUCAAGGCUGGCCGUAAUUGCUCAGGAUACCGCAGCACAGCAGAUCUCAUGUUCCUUGACGAAAGCACUCGAGUUGUUAGUCAAAACCGAAGACGCAUCGCAUCUAAUCCGGCUCCAUGGGACCACCAUCAACGCAACACGGAACUUACCAAACAGACAAGGACAUCUACAGCAAAUGAAGCUCCCUUGAAACUGAAUGGAUUCGUGAUGUACCAGCCACUGGAAGACAUUGGCGUCAAUUUCUUCAUGUCCAAUUUCACAGUGGACGACCCGAGCACGUCUUUGCUACACUAUCUCCCAAGUUUCUACGCAAAGUCAGGGUCCACUGGUCUGGGACUUCCGCAGAUGUGCACAGCUGUCGGAUUGGUCAGCCUCGCGAACAGAUCGAAUAGCAAGGAGAUGCUCAGUGUUGCUACGAGGAAAUAUGGCGCUGCAAUACGUGCCAUUAACGCUGCGCUAGAACGGCAUACUGAGGUCACGAUUGAACAGUGCGACGCUCUAGUCAAGACUGUGAUUAUGAACUCCUGGACCCAAGAGAUACCUCUGCCUCCGAACUUUAUCGAGCUCAAGACACUGGUACGGAAGGAAGCGAAAAGUGCGUCAGUGUAUGACACAUUCUUGGACCUUGUGUGCGAUAUGCUCCAGUUCAAACAGGAUUCGCUAGACACGACAAAAAGGGAUCCCAUGGCCCUCAUAGAAAGGGCUUCAGCCAUCGACACUGAUAUGGAGGAUUUUGCACGCAAACUGGCCUCUCAAGCUCCGUUUGAAUCCAUCCAGCUGCCGAGUAUUGAGGAGGCCAGUUGGCAUACAGAGGUUACUACCACUCUUCGUCCCAUCACCGAGCGUAAUUGCUCAACGAAUGAUAUCGGAAGCGCUCAUCACUUCGCAAACGAUGGAGAUCAUCGCAAGUGUACCACAACUGGCAGGUUAUGUACAAGACCUCGAGGAACUGCCUUCACUCUCGCGGCAUACAGCACAGCAAAACUCGUCUUUUGA